ACCCCUGCUUGGCUCCUUCUUUUCCUCUGUUCUCACACUGCAUUCCCUUUACUCUCUCUGUCUUUUCUUCAACCUCUCUCGGUUUCGAAGAAUCGCAAUGACGAACUCCAUGGGUCCCCCACCCCCCAAAAACCCUAAUCCACCUGACACCGCGCCACCGUCAAUGCCUCCUCCUCCUCCUCGUGACUCAGCGGAACCGUCACCGCCGCCGCCACCGCCACCAGCUCGCGAUUCGAGCAAUGCUCCCUCUCAGGGUGUGGCAGUUCCGUAUAAGAUUCCUCCGUGGGGCGCCGCUCCUUGCCAUCAAUUCUACCUUGAAGUUCUGAAGGACGGUUCCAUCAUCGACAAAUUCGACGUGUUCGAGAAAGGAGCUUACAUGUUCGGCCGAUUGGAUCUCUGCGACUUCGUGCUCGAGCACCCCACUAUUUCUAGGUUUCAUGCUGUUGUACAGUUUAAGAGAAGUGGAGAUGCAUAUCUCUAUGAUCUUGGGAGUACUCAUGGAACCUUUUUGAACAAAAAUCAGGUGGAGAAAAACACAUAUGUUGACUUGCAUGUUGGUGAUGUCAUUCGAUUUGGCCGGUCAUCUCGCUUGUUCAUUUUUCAAGGACCGUCUGACUUGAUGCCUCCUGAAACUAAUGCAAAACUUAUGAGAGAAGUGAAGAUGCGUGAAGCAAUGCUAGAUAAGGAAGCUUCAGUCCGAAGAGCAAGGCAGGAAGCAUCUCUUGCUGAGGGUAUUUCUUGGGGCAUGGGUGAGGAUGCUAUUGAAGAAGAUGAGGAUGAUGUUGAAGAAGUGACAUGGCAGUCAUACAAAGGACAACUUACAGAAAAACAGGAAAAAACCCGUGAGAAAAUAAUAAAAAGAAUGGAAAAGAUUGCUAACAUGAAGAAAGAAAUAAAUUCUAUACGAGUUAAAGACAUUUCUCAGGGUGGAUUAACUCAAGGUCAACAGACUCAGAUUGCUAGGAAUGAGCAAAGAAUAAUGCAGAUAUUGGAAGAACUUGAAAACCUGGAAGAGACACUGAAUGAUAGUAUUCGAGAGAGUUUGGGUGCACGUACAGGAAAGCUGUCCCAUGGGAAGAAAAAAGGUGCAGUGGAAGACGAAGAAGAAUAUUUGAGUGAUGAUGAUGAUGAUGAAUUUUAUGACCGGACAAAUAAAAAGCCUUUACAUCAGAAACCUGGUGACAAUCAAGUUGAGACUGCAGAUACUCUUCUUGACAAGAGAGAGGUCAUCACCAAGGAAAUGGAUGAGAAGAAAGAGUUGCUUAUGAUGGAAAAGAACAAAAUAUUGUCGAAGUCAGAGAGUACCACACAAGAUGAAGUUGAUGACUCACUUGAUGCAUACAUGUCAGGGCUUUCAUCUCAACUAGUGCAUGAUAAAAGUGAGCAACUUGAAAAGGAAUUGUCAACGCUUCAGUCCGAGCUGGAUAGGAUAUGCUACCUGUUGAAGAUUGCUGACCCAACAGGAGAAGCUGCCAAGAAAAGGGAGUUGAAAGUACACGAACCCAAACCAAAAAAAUCUGAAGAAGUAAUUAUUACCAUCAAGAAGAAACCACCUGCAGAAGCACAGAAAAGCAGUGAGCCUUGUGUGAAAGCAGAUAACAAGAAUCCACCUGUGGAAACCCAGAAAAUCAGUGAGACCCCUGUCAAGGAAGAUGGCUCUAUAGAAGGGGAAAAGGCUGGAGCUUCAACUUUGGGUUUAGACAAGUCGGAACCUGACUCUGACAGGUUGAAGGCUGAAAAUGUUGUAUUUGCUGUACCAAAGCCCCAAUGGCUUGGAGCUGUAGAGGAUAGGGUUAUAGAUGAUACCCAACAGUUGCUGCCCUCUCUGCAUCUGCAUGAGAUAGACGAGUCCAAUCAGUUUGUGGACUAUAAGGACAGGAGCAAAAUUUUGGGCAGUGGAGACAAUGCAAAUACUUCAGUGGAAUCUAAAAUUGAGUCUGCUGCUGGUUUAAUAAUAAGGAAACGGAAGCAAGUUGAGACAACUGCAACAAAUAGUAAUGAUGCCUCUCAACAAUUGACAUCUUCCACUUCAGGUGAAAAAAUGGCUGAGGAUGCUGUGGCACUAUUAUUAAAGCAUAAUAAGGGACUGUAUACUAAUGAUGAUGAGGAAAGAUAUGAAGGCCAAGAGAGGAGGGGGCCUAAAAGAGUGCUUGGGCCCGAGAAACCAUCCUUCUUGAAUAAUGAGAUGGAUUAUGACUCAUGGGUUCCUCCUGAAGGACAAUCAGGUGAUGGACGCACUUCCUUGAAUGAUAGAUAUGGCUACUAAGGUCGGGUGAAGUGCAUCAUUGUUCAUUGCAAGAAGGGGGGUUUAGGCUGUACAUUCACCUUAAUAUAUCGGUGAGGGACCAGGUAUACCAUACUCAUCAUCGAUGCACUUAAAUGUAGAAUUGGUUAUCUAUGACUUCCAGUGACUUCCAUCCUCUGUUAAAUAGAAGUGAAAGAACUAAUGCAGCAGAGACAUGGCGGGGUGAAAGCACUAUAGUAAAAUGUAGUGACAGACAGAUGCACUUGACUGGUCUGGUACCCUUGUCCAAAGGUUGCUGCGUGUACAGCCACAUGGUCUGAGUAGCGAGUGACUUCUGUUUGUGAGAAGUUUGGAAUAAGGCAGGCUACGCCAUUAUGAUUAUUAGCAAAGCAGUUUAGACCCAAAACUUAGACCAAUGUACACUCUGCAUGCUACUGUCCUUUGGAAAGCUAGGACUGCCUUGAUGCUAUUAUAGAUGUAUUAUUUAAAAUGUUGGUGCUUUCGAGCUUUGUUAUCACUUUUCAGUUGUGACAAGUGUCUGUCGUUGAAGAAAUGACUCUAAUUAAAGGCUGUCUGCACCCUUAUAUUUCAACAAAAUUGUUAGCUUUCUUUUUCUCGUUCUCUUUAAACAUGGUAAAUACAAGAAUAUUGUAAUGGUAACAGACUUUACAAAUAGUAUUUUCUUAAAGUUUAUUUUGUUGAGAAAAACGAUGGCCACCAAAAGCAAAUACAAAAGGAAUCAGGGGUUUGUGUUCAA